AUGAAGAGUAUAGGUGACCAGUAUCAUGACCAGCAUGAUGUCCAGUACGAUGACCAGUAUGAUGACCAGUAUGACGUCCAAUACGAUGACAAAUAUGAUGACCAGUACGAUGACCAGUACGAUAACCAGUAUAAUGACCAGAAUGAUUACCAGUACGAUGACCAGUAUGAUGACCAGUAUGACGACCACUACGAUGACCAGUAUGAUGACCAGUACGAUGACCAUUAUGAUUAUGAGUACCAUUAUGACGACCAGUACGAUUACCAGUACGAUGACCAGUACGAUGGCCAGUAUGAUGACAAGUAUGAUGACCAGUACAAUAACCGGUAUAAUGAUGACCAGUACGAUGGCCAUCGUGAUGAACAGUACGAUGACCAAUAUGAUUACCAGUACGAUGGCCAUCGUGAUUACCAGUACGAUGACCAAUAUGAUGACCAGUACGAUGGCCAUCGUGAUGACCAGUACGAUGGCCAUCGUGAUGACCAGUACGAUGAACAAUAUAAUGAUGAACAGUAUGAUGGCCAUCGUGAUGACCAGUAUGAUGUCCAGUAUAGUGACCAGUACGAUGACCAGUAUGAUGAUGACCAGUAUGAUGACCAAUAUGAUAAUGACCAAUAUGAUGACCAGUACGAUGGCCAUCGUGGUGACCAGUUCGAUGACCAACAUGAUGACCACUAUGAUGACCAGUACGAUGACCAAUGUGAUGACCAGUACGAUGGCCAGUAUGAUGAUGACCAGUACGAUGACCAAUAUGAUGACCAGAAUAAUGGCCUGAAUGAUGGCCAUAAUGACCAGCGUGAUGAUCAGACUGAUGACCAGAGUGAUGACCAGGUUGAUGUAAAAGGAUAUGAACUUAUUGAUGACCAGCAACACUACUUUACACAACACCUCCCGACUCUAUACAACACUAUUCUACACUACAUCACUCUACACAACACCGCCCUACACCACACCACUCCACACCGCACCACUCUUCACCAAACAACUCUACAAAACUCCACUCUCCACAACAUUUCUCUACACCAGACCUCUCAACACCACACCACAGUACACCACACCAUAGUACACCACCCAACUAUACGCCACAUCGCUCUACACCACACUAAUUUACACCAAACCACUCUACACCACACCACAACACUCUACACUACACCAAUCUACAUCACACCACAUAAUAAUACACAAACCACACAAUUAUGCACCACAACACUCGUCGCCAUUUCACUGUAA